AUGGAAGUUUACAGGAAUCCCGAAGGAUCGGGGUUGAGAGUUUCCUUGCGCUCUUCCCGAGAUUGGAACCACGAGAUUAAGAACGAAUUUGCCGACCCUACGGAAACUUGCUUCGUUCGGCUUGCCACCCAGUAUGCUGCAAAGUAUCUGUCGUUGAGCGAUUACCUGGAUGGCGUGUUGUCUCACUUGAGGAAAGGAGCGACGAAGCACAAGUGGGAUGUACCACCAGAAGACAUCAGUGACUUCCUAGAGCUGGACCUCUUCGCGGGGGCUGUUAAAUCACGGUAUCUCGAUCCGGCCUUCGUACCUUUAGGAGAACAUGGUGAGUUUCUCACGCGCAAUUUCUUCCUGCUCCAGCUGACUCGAAUUUUGCCACGUCAAGACUACUCUAGGAUGAAAAGUCUCGCUUCUAGAUUAUGGAUCACAAAUGAUCCAGACGAGUUUGACCAGCUCGGCCGAGAGGACCAGACCGACCUCUCAGCUUUGUUACCGGAAAUUGCCGAUCUUUUGCUAGUCAUCUGCUACGUAAGGCGACACACACUUCUGUUCAGAUACCUUAUUGGUGUGUUACCGGGACCUCCCGAUAGGUCCACCUUUGACCUCCUGAACGAGAUGCUGCUACAGCCGCGAACCGCCUAUUGGACCGCAAUAUACCAGCAUUCACCAAAACAACAGAGCAACUCGGCAGACGAAAUAAGCAUGUGGACUGAUAUCCUCAACUUUGGCUGGGUGCAUGAUCCAGUGAACUCAGAGACAGAGCGAUUCCUGCAGCAUGGAAUACGCAGCCAAGAUCCUGGUGUUGCAAGGGACGACAGCGUCGAAUUUGGGAGCCAGAAGCUGAGGAACCUUCACCUUGCGUUAGCCUCAAGGGGACUUUACUGUAGUGUGUCAUCGCUUGGUGACUAUCUGGCGAGCUGCAAAUCACUCGACCAAGCUCUGGACUUCCUCACGAUAUUCCCCGGCGACAAGGUCAGGCCGCCGGGUCGCGACUUGUACGAAUGGGAGUCUGGAGGCCUGGUGGGUAGCAUUGCCAGUUCUUCAAACCUGGAUGGGAAGUUGCGGACGGAUAUCAUGAGACUCGCCCUUAGUCGCGUCGAGGGCGUGGACGUCAACGCCCCAUUUAACUCCAAUCCAUGGGAAGAUGACAUGCCGGGGAGAAAGCCAACGCCCCGCAUGACCGGUCUACAAGUCGCAGCUUCCAAAGGGGACCAAGAGCUUGCCGAGGUUCUCGUCCAGUACGGAGCCCGAGCUGAUGCGGUGGAGUACAUAACAGGGUUGGAUGCGGCAGGGUUUGCGCGGAAGAGCGGGCAUGUGGGUUUGGCUGAAUGGCUUGAGGGUUUAUCUCGGGAGUAG